AUCCGGAAGUCUCGAAGAAGAGGAAGAGUGUGUUUUUCACCCUCCUCAGAGGAGAGCGGUCGCACUGGUAGCGGCACGGGCAGCAUGGAAAAGAACGGGUCGAUCGUGCACCCAUGGUGACACAAAGGUGUGACUUCCAGGUGAUCCCGAGCCCAGGCACAUCUUUAUAAGAAAGCAGGCACUGGUCCUGCAGAAUUCCCUGAACUGAAGAAUGAAACUUUCCUCCGGGCAGCACAAGGAGAACAGACAGAAUACACUCCGGUUUGGUGCAUGAGACAGGCAGGAAGGUACCUCCCAGAGUUCCGAGAAACCCGAGCAGCUCAGGAUUUCUUUGCUACCUGUCGAUCGCCAGAGAUGUGUUGUGAACUGACUCUACAGCCGCUGUGGCGCUUUCCUCUUGAUGCUGCCAUCAUCUUCUCAGACAUCUUGGUGGUGCCCCAGGCAUUGGGCAUGGAGGUGGUGAUGGUGCCUGGCAAGGGACCCACCUUCCCAGAACCACUGAAGGAAGUUGAGGACCUGCUGAAACUCCAACAGAAAGUAGACGUGGCAGCAGAACUGGGCUAUGUCUUCCAGGCCAUCACGCUGACACGACACAAAUUGGAGGGGAAGGUGCCCCUGAUUGGCUUCUCUGGUGCCCCAUGGACACUUAUGUCCUACAUGAUUGAAGGUGGUGGUUCCAACACAAUGGCCAAAGCCAAGGCCUGGCUUUACCGGCAUCCUGAGGCGAGUCACCGUCUACUCACAUUAUUGACUGAUGUAAUUGUGGAUUACCUGGUGGGGCAGGUGGCUGCAGGUGCUCAGGGGGGCACUGAAGAAGGCAGAGGACUGAAAGUGGCCCCCAUGUUGCAGGCUCUACAGCUGUUUGAGUCCCAUGCAGGACACCUGGGGCCAGAGCAGUUUGCAGAGUUUGCCCUCCCGUCCAUCCGGUCCAUUGCCAAGCGAGUGAAGAACAAGCUACUGGAAGAUGCCUUGCCUGCGGUUCCCAUGAUCAUCUUUGCCAAAGAUGCACACUAUGCACUGGAGGACUUGGCACAGUCUGGGUAUGAGGUGGUUGGCCUGGACUGGACCAUCUGCCCCCAGGAUGCUCGCCAGCGGACAGGAAAAGACAUUACCUUACAAGGCAAUUUGGAUCCAUGUGCCCUCUAUGCACCAAAGGAGAAGAUUGGGGAGUUGGUGAAGAAGAUGUUGGAAGGCUUUGGCUCCCAGCGCUACAUUGCCAACCUGGGUCAUGGCCUCUAUCCUGACAUAUGCCCGGAACAUGUAGGGGCCUUUGUGGAUGCUGUACAUAUACACUCUCGCCAUCUCAACAAAUGUUCUUAAAGACUUGGGAAGAGGGGGAAAAGCAGGCUGGAAAAUGGACAAUGCGCUAAGGAAGUUGUACUAAGAGAGGACCUUAUUUGUGAUCACUAAAAAGCCAGUUACUGGGGACUGACAGAAGGAAGAAGGCUGUGAGUUUUUAAUGGCACACAAUUAAAAAUAACUUCCUCUAUU